AUGUCUGUCAAGCGGGUCCUAGUCAUCGCAGGCUCCGACAGCUCUGGUGGCGCUGGACUGGAGGCAGACCAAAGGGUCUUGGCUGCACAUGGCUGCUAUGCUCUGACAGCUACUACGGGGUUGACUGCGCAGAACACGUUGGGCGUACAGGACAUUUUUGUCGUCCCAUCGGAAUUCGUAAGAAAGCAGAUCAAUGCGGGACUGGAAGAUGUUGGCGCGGACGUAGUGAAAUUGGGAAUGCUCUCGUCUGCGGAGACAAUUGAUGUCAUCGCCGAGACAUUGCAAGCCCACAAAGUUCCCGCCAUUGUGCUUGACCCGGUGAUGGUUUCAACCAGCGGAUCGCAACUGCUUCCGGAGAAAGCUAUUGAGCGACUCCGACUGAAAUUGCUCCCUAUGACUACCGUUCUGACUCCCAAUAUUCCCGAAGCUCAGCUUCUCAUCAAAGACUCUGGGUCCGAGGCUCCUGAGCCUGCAGACAUUAGUGAAUUGAUUGACUUGGCCAAGCGAAUCUGCUCCCUAGGCCCGAGGGCAGUCCUUCUGAAAGGAGGGCAUCUUCCUCUUACAAAGGACCACAAGGUCGCACAAACCCCAGAAGAGUCGACUACUGUGAUCGAUGUCCUAUACGACAGCGAGACAUCGACAACGACGUUGUUUGAGACAGACUAUCUGGUAUCCAAAAACACACAUGGAACCGGCUGCUCACUUGCUUCGGCAAUCUCUGCCAACCUAGCCAUGGGUAAGAACAUGGUGCGAGCCGUUCGCAGUGCUGUGCGGUACGUUGAGGUGGGUAUCAAGACCAGCGUGGACUUGGGCAAGGGAAGUGGCCCCAUUAACCACUUCCACUCGAUCUAUACUAUGCCUUUUGCACCUGGUCGCUUCCUCGAGUACAUCAUGGAUCGUCCAGACGUUCAAUGCGCCUGGGAAAAGUUUACCAAACAUGACUUUGUUGAAGGUAUGGGGCAAGGUACACUCCCUUUGGAGCGAUUCAAGGAAUAUCUUGUACAAGAUUAUCUCUACCUGGUUCAAUUUGCCCGCAGCAAUGCUCUGGCCGCGUACAAGUCCUCAGAAAUCGACUCAAUAGCAGCAUCUGCCCAAAUUGUCUUGCACAUCAAGCGAGAGAUGUCCCUCCACCUGGAUUACUGCUCUUCGUUUGGUCUUUCAAAGCAGGAGAUGGAAGCUUCUCCAGAGACGAUUGCUUGCACUGCAUACAGCCGAUACAUUCUCGAUAUUGGCCAAUCGGAGGACUGGCUUGCCCUCCAGAUGGCUCUAGCUCCCUGUUUGAUCGGUUACGGUGCUAUCGCUAGGCGUUUGCACUCUGACAAAAAUACUCUUCGGGAUGGCAACCAGUAUUGGAAGUGGAUUGAGAACUAUGUCGCAGACGACUACACAGAAGCUGUUCGCCUCGGAUCAGCUUUGUUGGAGGACCAUGUACAAAUGGUAUCGCCCAGUCGACUGGAGGAGUUAAUCCGGAUCUUCAUCCGGGCUACGGAACUGGAAAUCAGGUUCUGGGACAUGGGGCUUAGCGACCAGAAGAUGUGA